AUGUCUGGAUUAAAUCCUUUCCGCCCUAAAAAGCCAGAAGACCUUGCGAAGCAUUCUCCCUCCCAGACGACUACGCCAUCCUCUUCAAACGUCCCAGAUCCUAUUUUCUUAAGUCCUUCAUCAACUGCUGCGACGAAAACAACCCAGUCAACCCUCUCCUCCGCGGCCAGCACCAGCGCGAGCAUCACCCCGCCCCCUCCUCCUGACGCACCCAACCUCGACGAUUCAACGAGUUCAGACGAUCAAUCUACAUCGGAUCCAUUUGACCGUGCUUAUGAUGCAAGCGACCAUGAACCUGAACGGACGCAAACCCCUUCUGAAACCCCGAAUAUAGCUCCUCCGGGUGAUCUACCACCACCCUCGUUUUCAUCCUCAAACAACCACGCUGCGGUUACGCCAUCGAGGGAACAUUUUACAAGACAUAUAAAAGAGAAACAAACUGAUCAAAAUGGAAGGCUGCGGGAUACGGCAACAAUCCCAAGAUCGUUGAUGUCGAACCAGUCGUCCAGUUCUUCGGAGGCAUCAGACAGUGACGGCGCCGCCGACGAGCCGCCUCAACCACAAGCAAACGCCAGAACAUCACGCCGGCCAGUGUCAUUAGGUCCGGGCGUAGACCCAACCACCCUCAAAGAUCGUCUGGCGAAUCGGGAGAGAAUCCCACCACCUCCUCCAAAAAGCCAUCAUGGCAAGCGGAUCAGCCCUGGCCCGUCUAUUGUUCUGCCUCCAUCGCAGACGACGCCAGGCAAAGCCGCGAACCGGGUUUCUUUCCACGGCUCUUCUCCAGGAUCUUUGGCAUCACCGCGAAUAUUUCAGACUGAGCAGGAUUACUUUAGCACACCUUCACAGACGAACCAGUCUGUGUCGCUUGUUGAUCUUCCUAGGCGCAGUCAAUCCCAGCACAAGCGGCCGCCUACACCACCCCUCAGUCGGAGGCACAGUCAGAUGAGGCGCUCAAAAUCCACCCUCGCAAAGCCAGCGUCUUCCCGGCCGCCCAUGCCACUCGCCGAGGUGGAGGUUGCCGCAUCGACCCCUCCAAGUCCAGGCUCCCAGCCAUUGACUCCCUUGCGGAGUAGAGAUCCCAACUAUAAUUCUUACUUUCCUGAUGAAACCAGGUCAGUUUCGUCUCUGCGACAAGAAAACCUUGGACCAGCCCCGUCCGUGCAGCCUGCAGAAAUAGGCCUAGGGGUUCAGCCGGAUUCCCAAACAACAUCGAAGCGGGCAUUGAUCGUAACUCAAUUACCUCCACUUCCACCUCCGCGCCGCACUCGGGGGAGCAAACAUAGCAACGACAAAGAUAACCGUCUUGGUCCAGAGCAACGAGCAGAUGGCUCCGAAAACUUCGUGCCCCAUCCGUCAAACGCAAAGGAUAUCCUCGCGGACCUAACGCGCUUACAGAAGGAGGUGGAUGACCUCAGAGGGCAGUACGAGACUCAGCGGUAG